AGAUAAUAGAAUCAACAUAAGCUCUAAAUUCAAAUGUCUUGUUGUGUGGACUGUGUUAUAAUACGAGAAAACGGAUAACAGCAUCCGAUAGGUAGAGAAGCAAGCAAACCAUUAACCACAACACAUGGCGCUAUGUUCCUCACUCUCACUUGUCUCUCCCAUCAAACUCACUUCCAAGUCCUUCUUAUCUCCAACACCAGUCAGUUGGCAUGGCAUCUUGAUAAAGAAUAACACCUCAACAAGAUUCUUGCUGAAAGCUGGUUUUAAUGAGAUUGAACCUGACCUCAGUGAAGAUCCUAGAGACCAAUUUGCCACCAAUGGCGUUGACGCUGAUGAUUUUGUGUAUGGAAUAUAUGAUGACCACCACACUUACCAUGAAGGAGAACAGAAAGGAACAUUUUGGGGCUCAAUUAAAGAAGAGAUGGCAGAAGCAGAACCCCCCACAGGAUUCCAGGGGCUUAUUUCAUGGCUCUUCCCACCAGCCAUUGCUCUUGGGGUGUACUUCAAUGUUCCGGGGGAGUACUUAUACAUUGGAGCAGGCAUAUUUACAAUCAUAUUUUGCAUUAUUGAGAUGGAUAAACCUGAUAAACCCCAUCACUUUGAACCUCACAUAUACAAUAUGGAAAGGGGAGCUCGAGACAAGUUGAUAAAUGACUAUAAUACAAUGAGCAUAUGGGAAUUCAAUGAAAAAUAUGGGGACCUAUGGGAUACUACUAUUCCUAUCAAGAAGGAUGACAUUAUGAAGAGAUAAUUGUAUAAAGUUCAUGACUUUUAUAUGACAAUUCUUAAAUAUAGUGAUUUGAAUUUGUUCUUUUGCGUU